AUGUAUUUGUCAAGAUUCCUGUCCAUUCAUGCCCUUUGGGUUACAGUGUCUUCAGUGAUGCAGCCCUACCCUUUGGUGUGGGGACAUUAUGAUGUGUGUAAGACUCAGAUUUACACAGAAGAAGGUAAAGUUUGGGAUUACAUGGCCUGUCAACCAGAAUCCACGGACAUGACAAAAUACCUGAAAGUGAAACUGGAUCCUCCGGAUAUUACCUGUGGAGACCCUCCUGAGUCCUUCUGUGCAAUGGGCAAUCCCUACAUGUGCAAUAAUGAGUGCGAUGCAAGCACCCCUGAGCUGGCACACCCUCCUGAGCUGAUGUUUGACUUUGAAGGAAGACACCCCUCCACAUUUUGGCAGUCUGCUACUUGGAAAGAGUACCCCAAGCCUCUCCAAGUUAACAUCACUCUGUCUUGGAGUAAAACCAUUGAGCUCACAGACAACAUAGUUAUUACCUUUGAAUCGGGGCGUCCAGAUCAAAUGAUCCUGGAGAAAUCUCUCGACUAUGGACGAACAUGGCAACCCUAUCAGUACUAUGCCACAGACUGCUUGGAUGCUUUUCACAUGGACCCCAAAUCUGUGAAGGAUUUAUCACAACACACCGUCUUGGAAAUCAUUUGCACAGAAGAGUACUCCACGGGGUAUACAACGAAUAGCAAAAUAAUCCACUUCGAAAUCAAAGACAGGUUCGCAUUUUUUGCUGGACCUCGGCUACGGAAUAUGGCUUCCCUCUACGGACAGCUGGAUACCACCAAGAAACUCAGAGAUUUCUUCACAGUCACAGACCUGAGGAUAAGGCUGCUGAGGCCAGCUGUUGGGGAAAUAUUUGUAGAUGAGCUACACCUGGCACGCUACUUUUACGCCAUCUCAGACAUAAAGGUGCGAGGAAGGUAA